AUGACGACCCCAGCGAGUGGUGAGACCGUGGCAAACGAUCGAGAGCUAAUGAAGCCAGCGGAUGGAUGGUGGAACCAAGCACGCACUAUAAGCUUUCUCAACGCAUCAUUCGUCACCAUACAGGAGGUACAUUUUAAGAACAAUGCAGACUACGCAAAAGUGUUCGUUCAUUUGCAUAACGGAACAGACCAGUUACGCGGCAACACAUUGCUGGAUAUAGAUGCGCUGAUUUUCCAAAACGUUUCUGAUGGAUUGGUUCUACGCAUGGAUCUUAGCUCCAAAGUAGGAGCGGACCAUAUCGUUAUUCUUAACUCCAGUAUCGAUUUGUGCAACUCUAACGAAUCGCAAUCCUUUGAUCAACUAACAUAUUUGAUAGCCCAAGAGAUAGAAAAGUAUGGAAACUUGAGCUUCAGUUGUCCCUUUCACUCAGGCAAUUAUAUGGUUCGAAACUUCCAUAUCGACACGGAGAAUGUGUUGAUCAAGUUUGCCCCACCUGGAGAGUAUCGUAUAGUCAUCGAUAUCAAAUACAAAGCGGAAACAAGUACGAUGGCGAUCCCGAUUUUUGACAUAGAACUUUAUGCUACCAUAGUUCAGGAUGGUUAAUUGUACACGAUGUGUCGAAGUACGAAGUACGAAGCAAUCACCAUUUUAAUACAUAAUAUA